CUUCCUCCUACCUUCCUCUUCUUCCUCCAACCUCCAAUCCAAUCCAAGAAAAAGAAAAUCUCACCACUACAUAAGGGAGGAGCUGGAAGAGAGAGAAGAGAGUGAGGGAGAGGUAGCUAGGUGGAGUGGAGGAGCGGUGGUGUGGUGGUGGAGGAGAUGGAGGUGAUGGUGCCUGUGAUGGCGCCGAGCGCGCCGUGCAGCCCAAGAACGGCGGCGGUGAUGGCGGGGGAGCACCUGCCGAGCUACUGCUACUUCUACUCCAGCGCGCCGACGAGCCCGACGAGGGCGAGCUAUUCUGCGGCGGAGGCAGCGGCGGUGGGCGAGGGGGACGCGGCGUUCGACUUCGCGUUCGGGUUCAGUGGGCAGCUGCGGGAGUCGACGCCGAUCCUCGCCGCCGCCGACGAGCUCUUCGAGGGCGGGAGGAUCCGGCCGCUGAACAACCCGCACCCGAGCAUUCUGAUGGUGGAUGAGAAUACGUGGGCUUCGCCUCGGUCGCCGGGGAGGAGGAUCGCCGGCGGGAGACGGGCGGGCGAGGCGGCGGAGGUGUCGUCGUCGUCGUCGCAGAGAGGGAGGUCGAGCCGGGCUGCGCCUGCGUCGUCGAGUGCUUCGUCUCGGAGCCGGCGUGCUACGAGGUCCCUGUCGCCGUUCAGGGGAGGAGGAGGUGGCGGGGGCGGCGACGACGAGUACCCGUCCUCGCCGCCGUCGCCGAGGACCUCCAUGAUGCGAGGCUGCGGGAGCGGCAGCCGGAAGUGGAGGCUCAAGGACUUCUUCCUCUUCCGGAGCGCGUCGGAGGGCCGCGCCACCGGCGCCGGCGGCAAGGACCCGCUCUUCAAGUACACCAUGCUCUCCUCCUCCUCCUCGGCGGCGUUGCACCCCAACGCGCAGAAGCUGCGUGGCGGCGGCGGCGGCGGCGGCGACGGCAGCGCGUCGAUGCGCAAGGGCCGCGGGUCGACGGCGUCGGCCAGCGACAUGCCCUACACGGUCGGCAGGGCGGCCGCCGAGGAGAUGCGCCGGCGUACGACGACGCCGCUGCCGUUCCAUCGGAACAGCCUCUUCGGCUACCUCCGCUCCAACCCGGCCAUCCACAGCAUCAGCCGCAAGCUCAGCGGCGGCUCCUCCUCCAAUCGCGGCAAGCCUUCCGCUUGAGCAAGGCACGCCAUGGCGUCACCAUGAUGCAUGCAGCAACACGAUGCUGUCUCGAAACGAAGAGAUAGUUAGAAAUAUUCGCCCCGGUUAAAAUCCCUUCCCUCUUUUUUUGUCUGAAUUUUCGAUGUAUUCUUUCGUUUCCUCGUGAAACCACAAGGUUUUCAUACUAGUGUAGAUAUGUACGUACAUGGUAUUCGCAACAAAUUUGGAAAUCCAAAGUACAAUACGG